CCAGCCGUUUCACUUCGACCAGGCAAGAGUGGUAGUGCAUUGGAUCGACUUUAUGAACCGAAUACGUGGAAGAGUGCGCUGAAAACACAUUCGGAAAAUAUGCCUGGUGAACGCAGCGACCGAAAACAAUCAGAGGGUGUGGAGAGCAGAUUCGAAGACGACGCUCCGGACGGAUGGAAAACUCUGGCAAAAAUACCUCUUCCGAUGGCUUUCAUUACAAGAUACCUGUGGGGAACUGAUAAAAUCAGGAAUAACGCGUUCGAAGUUCGAGCCGUAGACGGCACAUCAACCGGCAUCAUUCAUUGUGAGGACAAGAAGGCUUUGGAUCAGUGGAUUAAGCACAUUCAAAACCAUAUCACCUCACUCAACUUCAAAUCCAUCAAGAUGUCCAAUAAAUACUUGCAUAAAAGUGAACAGAUAACCUAUAUUGGUUGGGUGAGUGAACGCUUGCCGGAGGAGCACUUUGAGGAUCCGAAACAGCGAUGGGAACCUCGAUUCAUCAUUUUAAAAGGAGGCGAACUGUGUAUCUUCGAGUCACCACCACUAAACUCAGAGGACUUGAACAAGUGUGUUUCCCUGUAUAAAGUCUACGAUACCGCAUUUAAAGUGGUCGAAAAGGUUAAGCCGGCACUGGACAAGAGGGAUCAUGCGUUUUGGUUGGAGACCUCAGUGAAUAAUAUCAAGCAUUAUAUGUCGACCGAAACCACGCAACAGUUCAGCCAGUUCGAGAGCGCCUAUCACCGUUGCUUACACGCUACGGUUUAUAAUCUUCAAACCAGAACUUUUGCAUGCAGCCACGAGGGUCGUCCGUGUGGCCUCGUACUCGACAUCAAACAAGGCAUUAGUCUCUACGAUAUUCCAACAAAGCGUUACACUUGGCAGUAUCGAUUCAGUGAUCUGGAUUCAUCCACAGAUGAUGGCAAAAUUCUGCUGCGACUCGUUUUUCGUGACGACAAAAACCAACCAAACAGUGGAGUCAUAACGAAGGAUAUCGAGAGCGAUGAGGUGCUGGCAAUUGUCUAUACGAUGCAUGCAUUUUUCAUCGCGAAAAUUAUCGCUACUGAUCCGGAUUACUUGAAGACUAUCCCGUUGACAUAA